AUGUGCGAGCGAGAGAGCGCUACCUGCCAGAAAAGGAAGGCUGCGGCGGCGGGGUGCGAGCGUGCGAGCGCGGCGUCACGCGUCGGUGAGAACAGCCACUUGCGCACGCACAGGCAGCUGGCUGACGUGCGAGCGAGAGAGCGCUACCUGCCAGAAAAGGAAGGCUGCGGCGACGGGGUGCGAGCGUGCGAGCGCGGCGUCACGCGUCGGUGA